CCUUCACGCCAAGCGGACGCGUAACGGCACAGAUGCCAGACUAUAUAUAGUUAUAGAGUACCAUCCGAAGCCCACAAAAGCCACAAACUAUAUACAUCACCGACAUCGGGCAACAAUAGUGAGGGAAGCGAUUUACAGAAGCUAGUUCCGCGACUCCGCAAACCUAGCAAAAGUUAUGUGAUAGGCCUUUGUUUCGGAAUUUCGCAUACUGCGCUUUCAUUUUCCAGCGUGGUUUCGACGCGUAUCCGUAUCCGUGUGCGUGUGCGUGUGCUUGUGCGUGUGUCUGUGCGCAGGACAUAAAAGCUCCGUUUUGUUGAUAUACGCAGUCCGUGCAAGGCCAUCGAACAGCUGGCAGUUCCUCAACUCGCUUAGGCAUAAACACCAAAUACAAUUUUUAUAAAAGCGUUUUUUAAAUAUUUAUCGAAACACCACCAAACUGAAAACAAUUUAUAUAAUUUUUAAUAAAAAGCGUGUAAGGCGCCUGUUGAUUUUUCAAUUACACCCGAGCCGAAAAGACAAAGCAGAAAAAUAACAACAUGUCUUCCAUGGCUGCAUUUGAUCAGUUCAAAAUAGGACUCAAAAUGGUUGACUUUAAGGUCCAACAACGUCGCUACAGGACCAGCGAAAAGACUGUCGUCAGCACCACCUACGGACCCAUCAAGGGUGUCAAGAGGAAGUCCAUCUACGGCCAGUCGUACUUCAGCUUCGAGCGGAUCCCCUUCGCCAAACCCCCGGUGGGCGAGCUGCGCUACAAGGCCCCCCAGCCCCCGGAGGUCUGGACGGAGGUCAGGAGCUGCACCUCCCAGGGUCCUAAGCCACUGCAGAAGCACUUCGUGUUCGAGAUGACCGAUGGCUCCGAAGACUGCCUCUACCUCAAUGUCUACACAAAGAAUUUAUAUCCCACCAAACCCAUGCCCGUGAUGGUCUGGAUCUAUGGCGGUGGCUUUCAGUUUGGCGAGGCCUCACGGGAAUGUUACAGUCCGGAUUAUUUGCUGCGUGAGGAUGUAGUGGUAAUUUCUAUCAACUACAGAUUAGGACCACUGGGAUUCCUGUGUCUGGACGAUCCCGAUCUUGAUGUGCCCGGUAAUGCGGGACUCAAGGAUCAAGUGUUGGCCCUGCGCUGGGUCAAGGCCAAUUGUUCGCGUUUCGGAGGCGAUUCCGCAAAUAUAACCAUUUUUGGCGACAGUGCGGGAAGUGCCUCGGUUCACUAUAUGAUGAUCACAGAGCAGACGCGUGGACUCUUCCACAAGGCCAUCUGCAUGUCGGGUAAUACGCUUUCGCCCUGGGCAGUGACUCCUCAGAGAAACUGGCCAUUUCGGUUGGCUGUCCAGGCGGGUUACACGGGUGAAAACAACACCCGCGAUGUUUGGGAGUUCCUGAAGAAUGCCAAGGGAUCCGAUAUCAUCAAAGCCAAUGGAGAACUCUGCAUCGACGAGGAGAAAAAGGAGCGGAUUGGAUUCUCUUUUGGACCCGUUAUCGAGCCAUACGUCACCAACCACUGUGUGGUGCCCAAGAAGCCCAUCGAAAUGAUGAGAUCCGCCUGGAGCAAUAAUAUCCCACUGAUCAUCGGGGGGGUUUCCAACGAGGGACUCCUCUUAUACUCGGAGACCAAGACGAAUCCUAAGUGUCUAAAUGAAUUGGAUGACUGCCGGUUCGUGGUGCCCAUCGAAUUGAAUAUGGACAGGGCAAGUGCCCUGUGCCGGGAGUACGGCGAUCAGCUGAGGCAGUGCUACUACGGCGAUAAAACGCCCAGUCUGGACACCCUACAUGAAUACCUUCAGAUGGUUUCCCACGAGUAUUUCUGGUUCCCCAUAUACCGCACAGUAUUGUCCCGCCUACAGUAUGCCCGCAGUGCGCCGACGUAUUUGUACCGCUUCGACUUCGACUCCAAGCACUUCAACCAUCUGCGCAUCCUGAGUUGCGGCAAAAAGGUGAGGGGUACGUGCCACGGCGACGAUCUGUCCUACUUGUUCUACAACUCCCUGGCGAGGAAGCUCAAGAACCACACCCGGGAGUACAAGUGCAUCGAGCGGCUGGUGGGACUGUGGACGCACUUUGCGGCAUGUGGAAAUCCCAACUUCGAUCCAGAACAGGAGGACUUGUGGCAGCCCGUCGAUCCUGCGGCCGUCGAGAAACACCAGCUGAAGUGCCUUAACAUAUCCGACGAGCUGAAGGUGAUCGACGUGCCCGAUCUUAAGAAGUUGAUGGUCUGGGAGAGUUUCUUUCGACGCGACGAGUUGCUAUAGUGAUCUGCAGGAAUCCAUUUAGGCUAGAUAUGUAGCUUUAUUAGUACAAGGGUGGGUCACAUUUGAGGACAAGAAAACUUGAACUUUCAUUGCAAUCUGAGCCUUACAUUACUUGAAUUAAAAAUUACAAAAUUCAACACAUUUUGGCUCUAUAAUCAUAGGACUUUAUCCCUGAUAAGAGAACCACCGAUUUAUGAGAACAUUUUGAAGAAUUAGCCCUCAGAUUGUCCUAAAGACUUAUUUUUGGCAACAAUGUGAACCCACCCUAAUCUUUUAUGAUUCGAAAAGCUUUACGUUGAAGCCUAUGUUUGAUACAAUGAAAAGCGUAGCUUUAGACCUAAAAUAUGAGAGUUUAUUGUUAAGUUUGUCCACGGGAAGAGUUCGAGGUGUGUUAAAGUUCAUCCGUUUCUAUCUAUAUCUUAGCGGAUCGAAUCUGUAGUAUAAGCAGGCUGUUCGUAUGUAGUCAAGACGCACGACCUAUGAGUGUAAAACAAGUCGCAACUGAAGUACCUUCUAUGGGAAACUAUCAAACCCACUAAACCAAACUCAACAUGACAGCCAAGGAAUCUGAACUAAGAUCUUAUAUUUAACGUUCCUUUAAGUCUCGCUGAUGUCUUUAAAAGCCAACUAAUAUCAAACGUAUUUUAUACAAUUCAAUUUAUUCGAGAUCGUUUUAAGUACUAAGCACAAUCGAGUUAGAAGAUCCAUUAUAUUUUCUUCCAGUAUCACGAACGCGCACAUUUACAAGAAGGAAAUUUCCAUUUGUGUUUUGAAGAGUAUAUGUAUAUUUAACUGAGACUACUAGUUAACCAUAACCAAUUUAUUUAUAUUCUUAGCCUAAGUCUAUUUAGAUAUACAUCUUUUGUAUGCUUAGGUUGUUUUUGGUAAAAUGUUAUAUUUGAACAAACAAACGAUAAACCUGUCCAAGUUUUACAUAAUUUUUAGAAUACAAAAUAAUGAAAACAAACACAAUUUAUUUGGAGUCGUUUAUUGAUGUCCACAAGAAGAUAACGAUUUAAACCAACUGGUUAAAACUAGUUUGCCUAAGAAUUCUCUGUGUAUCCGAGUUUGUUGGAAACAUAUUGUCGAAAAGCUUCAAAGUCAUGUGAUGCAAAAACACUAUGAAAUUGAUAAAUGUAUUUUAUGAAAAAAAUAAACUUUGUGUUUUGAAACAAAGAAAUAUAGGAUCUAA